AUGAGUGAAGAGGAGGCAAAGGAAAACCAUGAUGUUGUUGGAGGUAGAAUACUUGUUGACUCUAACAUUGCUCGCAUAUUAUUUGAUUCGGGUGCUAGCUACUCUUUUGUAUCUCAUUCUUGUUGUCUUAAACUAAUUGGACCCCUAGCUACCUUGUCUCGAUCCUAUAGUAUUGAAAUAGCCGAUGGUACCCAUGUUUCGGUGGGCCUCAUGUACCCGGAUUGUUCACUCAAAAUAAAUGGUCGAAAUUUCUCUAUUGAUUUACUCCCGAUGAGGAUUAAAGGGUUUGAUGUGAUAGUGGGAAUGUAUUGGAUGAGAGUUAAUGAUGCAAAAAUCUUGUGUGGAAAGCAGAUGGUCUCCAUCAAGACCACCAAGGGUAAAAAGUUUGGGAACCGGGACAACAAAUUUCCUUGUGUGAUAUCGGCCAUCAAAGCUCAAAAAUGCCUAUCAAAGGGAUGUGAAUCACUCUUAGCCUAUGUCAUUAAUGGGAAGGAAGAAAAGAAAAAGAUUGAAGAAGUGAAGGUAGUUAGUGAGUUUCCCGAAGUCUUCCCCAAAGAUUUUUACGGUUUACCCCCCAUACGACAAGUUGAAUUUGGCAUUGAUCUAGUGUCGGGUGUAAACCCUGUUGCUCGUGCACCUUAUCGUCUAGCUUCAACGAAAAUGUGGGAACUUAUGUCCUAG